AACAUUCACCUUCACACCCCCAAAACCCUGACUACAGAGCUCCCCCCCAAAUCCCAAACAUGUCAACAAUCUCUCAACCAAAUUCCGAUUGCCGGAUGUACGAAGCUCGGUUCCCGGAGAUAGAUACUCCGGUGAUGAUUCAGGUAAAGGAAAUCGGAGAUGUAGCAACUCACGUGGCUCUACUUGAAUACAACAACAUCGAAGGUAUGAUCCUGUUAUCGGAUCUCUCGCGUCGCCGUAUUCGAAGCGUUGGAAGCUUGAUUAAAGUCGGCCGUAUUGAACCGGCCAUGGUUCUUCGUGUUAAUGCUGAGAAAGGUUAUAUUGAUUUGAGUAAAAAACGGUUAUCUGAACAGGAUAUACAAGUUUGUGAAGAGAGAUAUAGUAAGAGCAAGCUUGUGCACUCGAUUAUGCGUCACGUUUCCGAAACUAUGAGUGUUGAUCUUGAGGACUUGUACAUCCAUGUUGGCUGGCCUUUAUACCGAAAGUAUGGUCAUGCAUAUGAGGCAUUUAAAGCUAUUGUUAAUGAUCCUGAUUCUGUGCUUAAGCCACUGACUCGUGAACUUAAAGAAAUUGGUGCAGAUGGCAAGGAGGUGAUUAAGGCGGUUCCUGCCAUAUCAGAGGAUGUGAAAGAUGCUCUCGUCAGAAACAUUAGAAGAAGAAUGACCCCACAACCAUUAAAAAUACGUGCUGACAUUGAGAUGAAGUGUUUUGAAUAUGACGGUGUCCUCCACAUUAAGGAAGCCAUGCGAAAAGCUGAAGCGGUUAGCACCAAGGAGUGCCCAGUGAAAAUGAAAUUGGUUGCUGCACCAGCAUAUGUUAUUAAUACUCAGACUCUAGACAAGGAACAAGGGAUAAAAGUUCUUAAUCAAGCGAUUGCUGCUUGUACUAAUUCAAUAGAGCGGCAUAAAGGCAAACUUACCAUAAAAGAGCCACCUCGAGCAGUGAGUGAACGAGAGGACAAACUGCUUGCUGAACAGAUGGCUUAUCUUGAUCGUCAAAAUGCAGAGGUCAGUGGUGAUGAAGAUAGUGAGGCAGAAGAAGAUACAGGCAUGGGUUCUGUUGAUUUGGAAAGUACAAGUUCGUCUGGUAUCGGAGACUAGAGGAUGUUAGACAUCUCGUGAUCAGGUGACAACAGAUGUGGAUUUCAAGAGCUGCAUCUGUUAAAUUUUGUCCUAGCGCGCAUGUAUUUUUUGGCAGAUUUGGUUAUCGGUGUAUAAUCUGAGUUUCUGAUCUUUAGAAUUGUCGAGUUUGCAUUUGCAACAUCAUUGAUGUGUGCUGUUUUUUGGAUACUGGUACAUGGAAUAUGGUUAGAGAAAGUUGUUACGGUUUUUAUGCAAA